UAUUUAAUACGAAACUAAGUAUAGCCUCUCCAACUUCCUCUUCCGCCAUCAUCGUCUGUAGGGUACACAGUUCUCGACUGAGCUAAGGCCAAUCCGGCGACGUGUACUGUAAAUUACAGACAUCAAACGAAAAUAACCAAACCAGAACCUUAAGAUGGCUUCCGAUGACGAACUCGCAUGCAUAUAUGCCGCCCUUAUCCUCGCUGACGACCAUGUAACCAUCACUGAUGACAAACUGGUGACAAUUCUGAAGGCUGCCAAGGUUUCUGUGGAACCAUACUGGCCAGGUCUCUUCGCUAAGGCCCUGGACGGUGUGAAUGUACGUGAUCUCAUCACCAACAUCGCAAACUCCGCAGGAUCAGCAGGACCUGCUGGCGGAGCAGGUGCUGCCCCCGCAGCUGAGGAAAAGAAAGAGGAAAAGAAAGAGGAGAAGAAAGAAGAAUCCGAGGAAUCUGAUGACGAUAUGGGCUUUGGUCUGUUCGAUUAAGAAGAUGGGCACUUGCUUUUAUUUUGUACGUCAUCUGUUACAUUAAAAUGAAGGUCAUCUAC